AUGGACUUUUUCAAAUCAAAUUGUGCGAAAAUCGCGUUUACUCGUUUGUUCUCGGUGAUGAUAACAGCCGCCUCAACACUUGUUUACUUUCCACAGUUUGCGAAAAUUUUGAACACCCGCAGUGCCCAGGGAAUCAGUUUGCUUUCAGUGUUUCUUGGCUUGUUGGGAAGUGCGGGAACUGCCGCCUAUGGCUUUCAUCGAGGAACAACGUUUAGCAAGUAUGGCGACUCGGUUUUCCUCUUCAUCCAACAAAUGCUUCUUUUCACUCUCAUCCUUCACUAUUCCACGCAUUCCCCGUUCGCUUUUGCCUUCAUUGCAGCCUGUUGGGCGACAAUGUUCGCUGUGAUUGGCUCCUACAUCCCAGCUGUUGUCCUAAAGGGAAUCUUCAAAUACUCCAUUCACAUUGUCAUCCUUGCAAAGCUCAUUCAAGGACGCUUGAACUUCCGAAACAAAUCAACUGGUCAGUUAUCGCUCACCUCAAUGUUUCUGGUGAUUUUUGCUGACAUGGCGAGAUGUGUAACAAAACGAAACGAAUCAUUAGAGAUGAUCUCGUUGAGGGGAAUUUCCAUUGCAAUGAGUCUCAUCAUUCUCUGGCAGUUUAGAAUCUAUCGCCAGAAGCCUGUGCCUGAACUGAAAGCAUCCGACGAGGCGCCGAAAAAACCGGAACGACGCAGAAAAUCGGAG